GACAGCUGAACCUGUGGGGGCAACAACGCUGCAGCACGCAACUCAAGUUAACGGAGUAUAUACAGAUAUCUGUCAGCAACCAAAUUAAAGUCGAGUACGCAUACUCAGUUACCCCAUUGUUGCGUUUAAUUUCUGGUUUUACAUGUACGCCAUUUGAAAGUCUCUCUUCCGUCUCUCUUAUUGCCGUGCAGCCAGCUAGCAGCGCGAGGAUCUCGUUAGCUGUGACGUGACAUUACUAUAAGAGAAGGGCUCAAGGGUUGUAUUUCUGUCCACAGGUACCGUUUGACGUUUGACAACCACCGUCGACAUGUCAGAGCCGGCCGGGGAGGCGAAGUUAGAGGUGAAACAGGCGAGCAAAGAGGUGAAAGAGAGCGAAAACGUAGCGGAAAAAUAUUCAGCCAUGACCGUAAGCAAGAACAGCGAGAUGACCAUGGGAGAGCUGUCGACCGCUUUCAGCGCUGUGCCCACUCACAAGCCCGUUAAAAAGCAAAUCCAGUUUGUGGAAGAAAAGCAGGAGUUCAGCAGGUUCCCCACCAAGGCAGGCCGUCGCUCCCUGUCCCGCUCCGUCUCUCAGUCGUCCACAGACAGCUACAGCUCCGCUGCGUCCUAUACGGACAGCUCCGAUGAUGAGACAUCACCACGGGACAAAACACAGGUCAACUCCAAGGGCAGCAGCGACUUCUGUGUCAAGAACAUCAAACAAGCUGAGUUUGGGAGACGUGAGAUUGAGAUAGCAGAGCAAGAUAUGUCUGCUCUGAUCUCACUCAGGAAGAGAGCACAGAGUGAGAAACCACUCGCAGGUGCCAAAAUUGUGGGCUGCACUCACAUCACUGCACAGACCGCAGUGCUGAUUGAGACUCUGGUGGCUCUUGGGGCUCAGUGCCGCUGGACUGCAUGUAACAUCUACUCUACACAGAACGAGGUGGCUGCUGCUCUGUCGGAGUUAGGUGUGGCUGUGUUUGCCUGGAAGGGCGAGUCUGAGGAUGACUUCUGGUGGUGUAUUGACCGCUGUGUCAACAAUGAGGGUUGGCAGCCCAACAUGAUCCUUGAUGAUGGAGGAGACUUGACACACUGGAUGUACAAAAAAUACCCAAAUGUAUUCAAGAAGAUCAGGGGCAUUGUGGAGGAGAGUGUCACUGGGGUUCACAGGUUGUAUCAGCUCUCUAAAGCUGGAAAACUGUGCGUACCAGCUAUGAAUGUAAAUGACUCCGUGACAAAGCAGAAGUUUGACAACCUGUACUGCUGCAGAGAGUCGAUCUUGGACGGCUUGAAGAGAACCACAGAUGUCAUGUUCGGAGGCAAACAGGUGGUGGUAUGUGGGUACGGCGAGGUUGGAAAAGGUUGUUGUGCUGCUCUGAAAGCUCUGGGAUCCAUUGUCUAUGUUACAGAGAUUGAUCCCAUUUGUGCCCUGCAGGCCUGCAUGGACGGAUUCAGGGUUGUGAAGCUAAAUGAAGUCAUUCGCCAGGUUGAUGUCAUCAUCACGUGCACUGGGAACAAGAAUGUGGUGUGCAGAGACCAACUGGACCGAAUGAAAAAUGGCUCUAUUGUCUGCAACAUGGGUCACUCCAAUACAGAGAUUGAUGUGGCAAGUCUUCGGACCCCUGAGCUGACCUGGGAGAGAGUGCGCUCUCAGGUGGAUCACGUAAUUUGGCCCGAUGGCAAGAGAGUUAUCCUUCUGGCUGAGGGACGUCUCCUGAACCUCAGCUGCUCCACUGUUCCUACCUUUGUCCUGUCCAUCACAGCCACCACUCAGGCCUUGGCCCUUAUAGAGCUGUACAAUGCCCCUGAAGGACGAUACAAGCAGGAUGUUUACCUGCUUCCCAAGAAGAUGGAUGAAUAUGUCGCCAGUCUGCAUCUGGCUACUUUUGAUGCCCACCUGACAGAACUUAGCGAUGAGCAGGCAAAAUACCUGGGCCUAAACAAGAAUGGUCCUUUUAAACCAAACUACUACAGGUAUUAGUCUGCAAGGAACUUCACCUCAGCACACCUACAUGUGGACAGUACUCAACAUUACUUAUCUCUAAGACAAAAGAAAGGUUUAUGUAUAUAUUGUAUUUUCUACUCUUCACAGGAUGCACAGCUUAUAUUUAGUUGUAUUUUAUUGGCCACAGCAAGUUUUGCUUCACUUGCUGCUUCCUACAGAACCUCACACAGCACCCAGCUGAAGUCUGUGUAACUACAGCACUUACAUCUGCUGACAUUUUUAUUUUCUGGUGCAUAUGUUUUCACACCUGCUGGCUCUUUAGAUUGUUUUAAAGUUUAUAUAGAUAUUGAGUAAUGUUUCAUAACAUUGUGCCAAAUAACUGUGAGAGGGAAUAGUUAGAGUUGUCAAAUGUUAAUGGUUGUGAAUUCAGUUAAACCUGCAUUAAGAGAUAUAUUGAUACAAACAUUGUAUCAAAUGUAAUGUGUAAUGUUAAAGGCUCGUUUGUAAUGCUGAACCCUCAAACCUCUGAAGCUUGCUGAGCUUUUUAGCCUCUUUUAGCUCAUUGUUUGUAUACAAUUGUUGGCAGCCAUUUCCAGAAAAAAAACCCCGAUAAGUCAGUUUAGAAUAAAACCAACAUGGAGCUGAUGUAAUCCCCUGGUUGGUGAACAAGUCAAGCUGUAGGUGGACCAAACCAGAGCUAAGUUAAUCAGUGAAUAUUCAACUAAAAUCUUUCAGGUGGUCAGAAAUAUGACUCUAAUAAUGUGUCUGCUGGACGUCUAUGCAGGCAAUUGUUUGCUUACAGAUGAGCCGUACGAUCCUGAUAAGCUGACUGUAAAUCAAUGCUGUGUCUCUGUGAGUUUGUUUUGGAGUGUUUCUGCCACUCAGUGGCCAAAAUGCAGUUUUAAAGUUUUCUUUGGUUUGAUGCAGCAGCACUCACUUAAUACAUUCCAUCCACUAGAUAAAAAAUAAUUAAAUAAUAAAAUGUCCUGACGUCUGUAGUAUCAUCCACAUUUCUGCUGACAUUCAGCUGAUCUGGGCAAAAAAGGAACUUCAGCACUUUCUUAUCAUAGCUAACAUUAGAAAAGAGCUUGGUGUUUAUUUUCUUGAAACAUUGUCCAUUUAUGAGGUUAUGAUGUCCUGUAAGAAUAGUAUCUGCACCUCAGGGCAUACAGAUAACUCAAAUAACAUGUAAAUAUAUUAUAACCAACUCUGUUCUGUCUGACCUGAGUGUCCAUGUCAUUGUCCUUAAUUACCUCUAAGUUAAUGUUAUCUGUAAAAUGGCCGUUCCAGCUGUGUAUAUUCUGUACAGAGUAUCCUGAGCAUAGUCACAUACUUCAGUGUUUCAUACAGUAUGUUUGUAUACUACAAUGAGCCAACUUCAUAAUGGUAUUAGUGAAGAGUUUAUUGUUAGAUGGGUCUCAGGACUCAUCUGAAGUCAUCUGUUUUUCUUUUAAGGAUCUAAACGACAGAAAAAAUAAACUCAAAACGCUCUGGACCUUGACAUGGAUACACUUUGUUGUCAGCACAGUUAACAGGGCAGUUGUGUUAGCUUUACCUUCUGUGUUAUCUUCUGCACUUUUAUUCUAGCUAUUCUAAUCAUUGUGUCUCCUGACAAUUUUUAUUUAGCUACUUCAGCACUGUUUUGUGAGGCUUGUUGAAUGCAGUCAUUUAUUAUGCCACUUUUACUUCUCUCUGUUCAAUUGUAUUAUUAUUUUUAAUUAAGGGCCACUUUGAAUGACUUAGUUGACUGAUGGUAAGACUUUUUUAAAAAUUCAAACCAGAUGUGCAGGUAGUUGUCUUGCUGAACUGAAAGCUCCUCGACACAUUUUAACAUGUUGUCUUACACCCUGGUGGGUUGAUCUUACUCCACACAGUCGACAGUAUUGCUGUCCCUGCUGGCACCUUGAUAUGUUCAGAUACUGCUCCUCAUCUUUUCAUUUGGUAUCUUCCAACUUCACCUUUGAUAAAACUUUCAUCCACAGAGUUACGGGCGAUUCCUGUAUUUAAUUUGUGAAGUAUUUUCAGUUUUGUUUGAACAUGUUGAUCUUUUGUCACUUACUCGUGCUGUUUAUUGAAUAGUACCCCACUGCGGGGGACUCUGUAGUGCUUUCAUCUUUGCACUUGCAGCUAUAAGGGCAUUAGAGCCACGGGUAUUUGAGUGAGGACAUUGCCAGAAAAAUGAGUGCUGUAACCAUGGUUACUGGUCAGUUGACAGUACCUUGUGACUCACUUAGUAAUUUAUAUUCACACGUACAACUGUGUUUUUCUCAAAGUAUGAUAAUGCCCAAUAUGGUUGUUACUCCGCAAUAUACAAUAAUAGCUAUGCAGCAACACACUCAUUUUUUCUGUCAAAAAUAUCUGACCUCUAAAAUGUUGGAGAGUUGUUAAAUCAGUGUUUUGCAUUACUCAAAUAUGCAUUAUUGUAGUUUUAGACAUUAGUAAGCAACAUUUUAUAUUCUGUUGCAUUUAUAUGCUUUUUACAUUGGUUUUAAUGUAUUUUUGGUUAAGUCUUUUGUUUCUGGUAAUCAUGCCUCAAAAUUACUCACAUUGAUCUUUUCAUAAUGGCACUUGAAAAUGCCUUUUAUAAUGGAUUCCUUUUCCUGUAACUAACAAUAAUGGAUAUUUUACCCUUGUUUUAACUCUAUUCUAGAGACAAAUGAAUGUGUUAUUACUGGAUCAAACAGCUUGACUCUCGUCAAAUUCAACUAUUAUACCACUGUGAUUUGACAGUUGUACACUGUUGCUGGUUUGAAGUUUUUUCACGUGGGGACAAGGUUCUGUAAAUUAUGUAUUAGCUAUAAAGUAGGCCUAUAUUUUCAACACUGUAACUAGUAUAGUUUGAAGAACACAAUUACAGCAGUAUACAACCUGUUAAAGUUAUGUGCACACUUCCCUUUAAUAAACUGCUGUUUCAAUUU